GCCUCCCACGGCCCCCUAUAAGUUAGGACGGUGGCGGUGCCCCCCAGCAACAUCGUUCGACAGCUCUUCUUUUGAACGAGAUCGAGAAUGAAGCCCGCGCUCCUGUACGUCGUGAUCCUCAUCCUCCUCCUCCGCCUGCAGCCGCAGCCCGUCGCCAACGGUUGCUGCGAUGCCUUCUGCGCCGUGCUCUGCCGAGGGACUGAUCUGUCUGCUGCCAUUACCAGCACCACCACCGUUACAACCACCACUGUAACUACCACUAACAGAUCCACUACUACCACCACCAUAACCACCAUCGAGAUGCCUCAGCGGCUCAUUCCUAACGGGAGUAAUGACACUCCUGUUUACCCUGCAGCAGCAGCUGGCACUCCGUCCGUCACCAAGGUCUUCCCACUGUCAUUGCCCGCCAACGAGAACGGACUCCCCGCUCCCGACCCUGAUGCUCGUAAGUGUUUCCAUUUACAUGAAUCUACGACAACGACGAUGACGAUGACACGUGUGGCUUCUUUGGGUUGCAGGGCCUACUCCGCUUGCCACCGAGAAAUCCUCGCCGCUGCCUCUUCCGUGUUCGUCCAUUCCAACGAGUUCCCCCGCUAUCACCAAGGAAUCGUCGCCGUUGCCACCACCGGGUAGGUCCAUUCAAAGGGAGCUCCUGAAGGAUCUGCGGCGUUAUCUGAACGCCACGAGUUGCCGCAAGUUAGAUCAAUCUUUCGUGAUCUUAAUCGUAGACCCCAAAUAUUUUCUCGGCUUUUAAUUCCUCCUUCCCCAAUUGUUAGCUCGCGAACGUUGGCCAACUCUCUCUGGCCCAAUGCAUACGAUUGAUGGUAUACGUACGUCGGACAACUGUCGUCUGAUCUGUCCUUUUGUC